CUUUGUCGAAAUAACGCAUUUCCUACAAAUCGCCGACUCAAAAAAAUCUGCAGGUUCUCUAUUGUCUCGGUAUAUCAAUAACACAUCUCCUCGAGAAGAAGAAGACUUAACAUACAAAAAGAAAAAAUGGAUCGCUUCAACAGAAGAUAUCUUCUGUUUCUAUUGAUCCUUCUUUUAGAUUCUCCAAUAACAUGCCACAGCUGGGGAUGGUUCUCUUCUUCCUCUUCUUCUGGAGAAAACACAAACCCUUCUUCCUCGCGGUCUAUCAAAUCCAACGCCGAAUUCUCCCUAGAAGUUUUCAGUGACAAGAAGGCGGUUCAAGUCCUUGAAGACGCUAAAAACAAGCUUGCAGGUCCAAACAGCUGCUGGCAAAACGCAUAUGGUUACCUCCUGAGUGGUUGCAAGGGCAUGGUUGCCACUGAAGAACAGAGGAAGAGGUUUGCUUGGCAUCUAAGCGAUUGCUUCCAAAAAGAAUCAGGAAGACCUGAUUUUCCCACUUGUAAUGAUAAACAAACAAUGAUGAGUUGUCUCAAGAAGCUGGAUGAUCAUGAGCAUAAGAUCUAUCUCGAGUUCAUGCUUGAGACCAACACCAUCUGCCAACAACUGCAGAGCCAUGCACUCAAGAAUGAGAUAGAGAGGCUUGUGAAUGAUUUGAAGAGAUCAGCUCAAAACACAGAAGAGAAACUUGAUAUCCUAGAGAGCAAAUCAGAUGACAUACUGCAGAGCACUAGCAAGAUUCAUGAAUCUGUUGGGUCAAUAGAUGUUGUGGUUAAUAACGUGGCGCACAAGACAAACACGAUAGGAACUCAAAUGAGUGGUUUGUCACAACAAACCAAAGAUAUCUAUCAAGAACAGAAGAGCAUUACUGAGUCACAGUUAGCGUUAAAGGAAGGCCAAGAGAAGAUGGGAGAAGCGAUGAAAGCUGGAAUGGAGACGUUUAACGACUCUGUCACUGACGUCAAGGACGGUGUGGAUAGGUUGAAGAACGACACAAAGCAGAUCGGUGGGAAGAUAAAUCUACUCGGAGAAAAGAUGACGGAGAAGAUGACUUCGUUGGAGAAUCAAACUAGUGUCAUCGGAACUAUGACUAACAGUACUUUAGAUAAUCAGCAGAAGCUUUUGGAAGGACAAUCUGUGGCUAUUGAUAGUAUACAGUCUCUCAACCAGUUUCAAAGUGAAGCAUUGCAAGAGAGUAGGAGUACACUGCAACGUUUUGCGGAGUUUAGUCAGGAGCAACAGGAAGAUCUUGCCAAGAGGCAAGAACAGCUUCAACAGGUUCAUGAUCACAUGUUUGAGAAUUCUAAAUCAAUGUUGGCAGCACAGGAAGCGUUUGAGGCUAAACAGGCGAGCAUGUUUGUUGCUUUGGAUAAGCUGUUUGCUUUGCACAAUGCGAUGCUUUUGGAGUCAAGGGUGAUCAAAGCUUUCUUUAUCUACUUCUUGUCUAUCUUUGUCAUCUACAUGUUUACGAGUACAAAACAAACUUAUACCAUAAGGCCGAGGCUUUACAUUGGUUUGUGCGUUACCUUAGGAUUAGAAGUGGCAAGUUUGCGUUACGUGAAUGAUGAAGAACACAGAGUAUGGAUUAUAAACGUUCUCAGAUCUUUAUUCGCUGUUCUUGCUUCAGCUCAGCUUCUUCAUGCUGCUUUUACUUACAGGGACUAUGAAGUACUAAACCACAACAUUCUCUUGAGAUUAGUUGAUAAGGUUAGCAGCAUGCAGAGCAAAAGAGAUCUAUUGUGGGAUGAAGAUACGGAUAGCGAGGUUGACUGGAAUUCUUGGAUUGAUACAGAUAUAACUGAUGAUGAUGACAGUCUUGGGGAUCCUGAUUACAGAAUCCCAGACCAGUUCAAGGACAAUGUGGGAUUCACUUCAUCAAUGACAAAAAGAUUAUACAAUCUCCGUCCACGCUAAAUCAGACAAUGUAAUGUCUACGGAGACUUCACCUUGUCCAAAAAAAGACAAAUACUCGUAGCUACUGGAUCAAGACUGUAAUGGACUGCUAUUAAAUAAUCUUUUUGUAACAAACGCUGAGACACAAUACGAGUAGUCUUGCUCCAAUAGCUUCUACAUGAUGAUGUUUGGAUGCAAUAGAAUCAUUUAAUACACUUUUUUUUUUGGCAUUUAAUCUAGUAAGUACAUAUUUAUCAUCAAAUGAAUUGGACUUGAAAACAUAAUUUUGAUCGGAGGAUGCAGUUGCAGUUGCAGUAGCCAAUAGUGAUUGAUGUAUCAGGCGUGUUUGAAGAGCUUCAUGGUUAGCCAAUGAAAGUAGACAGCAACCGGGAGAGAGUCAAGGGUACCAAGAAGCAGUAGUACCUAUCAUUGCUCCAUUGCACACAAGAGUUUUAAUGUAUUAAAGAAGAUAGAAUCUCAUUAAUACUACAAAGCACACGAGUUUUAAAGAACAUUAAAGUGAAUAAUGUUACAACAGCAAAUUACAAUGAUACAAAUGAAUGUUUAUUAUGAACAAACAAAAAACCCCAAACAGAAACUCACCAAUGCAGAGAAUCCUAAUUAACUAUUAGGACACAAGUCAAUUGACCAGGCCAAUGUGAUCACAGAAGUAGAAGAGAGGC